CCGCAGCGGGAUUUUGCGGUACCGACUGUUGUGGCGCCAUCUAUAACGAAGUCUUGGCUUUCUUUACAAUAAAAUAUCACGACUUACAUCGCCGCUGGACCCAACCACUUGCGAACGAGUGUCAUUGCUUCGCGAUAUCAUUUUCGUCUAUCAUCAAACCGUGGCGCUCUAGUUCGCAGUAUCUCACUUCAUUGAAAUUCCGAGUAGAUGGUGGAGAGAACAGGUCGUUACAUCCAUAACUCCACUCACCAAUAUCUCCGUGUUAGAGGGUGCGGCGCCAUGACAGCCUUAGAGACUACACCAUGCCUUGGAUCAACGAAGGAGGCGUACGACAAAUCAUCAGCCAACCUAUCUGCAGCGUUGCUAUUGACACCAGCAGAUGGCGGGCAAGACGGGAAGCCGUUACGGCUUCCUCAGACCAUUGCACACCGUGGAUACAAAGUCGCAUUUCCGGAGAAUUCUAUGGCUGCCUUUCGGAGCGCGGUGGAGGUCGGCGCACAUGCGAUAGAGACAGACCUGCAUCUGUCGAGUGAUGGCGUAGUCGUCUUGUCACACGAUGCUUCACUCAAACGAUGUUUUGGUGAAGACAAGAAAAUCGCAGACUGCGACUGGAACUAUCUGAGCACACUGCGUACCGUACGCAAGCCCAGGCAGCCGCUACCUCGUUUCGUGGACCUUCUAGAGUAUAUGGCACAACCAGAUCAAGAACAUAUGUGGAUUCUGCUUGAUGUCAAGAAAGAUGAUGAUCCUACUGAGCUUCUGAGCCUUAUUACCUCGACUAUAGCUGCUGUACCCGCUAAGAGGCGAUGGGCAGAGCGUAUCAUAGUCGGUUGCUGGGAUGCGAAUUAUGUAAAAUUGGCUCUAGAUCUCCUCCCUGGUUUCCCGCUCACGUAUAUCGGUUGGAAUCUGGCAUAUGCCAACUCGCUUUUUCGAGUACCAAACAUGAGUUUCAAUCUACUCGCCCAAUCUGUGGCAGGACCAUGCGGAGACAGAUUCCUUCGCAAAGCUAGGAAAAACAACCGAGCAGUCUUUGUGUGGACCGUGAACAAUGAAAACUGGAUGGAAUGGAGUAUCAAGAAGAAUUUGGAUGGUGUAAUCACAGAUGACCCGAAACUGUUCUUGGAAGUGUGCGAUCGCUGGAAAGGAAAUCCCGAUAAACCCAGUAUACACAACAAAAGGCAACCCAGAGUCUCACAGCGGGUACGAUGGAAGGUCAGACAAGUCAUUGAAGUUGCAAUUUUCUACGUCUUGCUGUCACUUUAUUACAUGAAGUUGCUCGCUCUUGGAAACGCCAAUUCGAAGCAGCACGUUAAGAGAGCACUAGGGUACUAAAUGUGAGGGUAGAGAUGUACAGUAGAUAGUUAUACCUGAAGGUUCAAUGAGAGUAUACAGGACCAUCAUAUAUCAGACAUAUUUUAACACG